ACAAGGCAGAAGCAACGGGCAGGAGGGCAGACAGCGUGAGAAGAGACGACGGCCCUGUAGAUGACCCGCUGGUAGCUCUUGCUGGCAACGAUGGGAGGAGCUACCGGUGUCAUCAAGACACUGUUCAUUCCGGCGCUGAUAUCCCUAGUUCUCUACCUGACCAUAUCCUUCGUCAUAACCCCCUUCAUCCGGCUGCACCGGCAGCGAUACUCCCAGUACCUCCCCUUGCAUACAAUAUCAGUGCAUACGACCUCGCUGAGAGACAGGACGUUCGACGCCCUCAUGAACAUCACCCUACCUUCGUCAUGGAGACACAGAAGCCUAGCCCACGAACAGGACUCAGACAGCUUGUUCGACGACGACGGUGAAGAUGGCUAUGAGCUGAGCGAGUCGAGGCGGGAGGCCCUUGACCAGGAGCGAAGAGAGGCACGGCUCGCCCGGGAACUGGAGGAUGGCUUCAUACCCGACAGCGAUGGGGAAGAUACUCCAGGGACUAGGCGGAUAUGACGCAGCCUACUUCUAUCGUUUUUUCUCAGCUCUUUUUCGCUAUCCUUUCUCUUUCUGCUGUGGACAUUCGGAUCUUCAUCAAGCUUGGAGCUUUGGAGCCUUGAUACUUUUUUAUCUUUGACCUUUUGAUUAUAGAGAUUUUGUUUACUUGGACUUUUAUACCCUCUGGAAACUGGCUGUAUAAUAUACUCGACACUCUACAUAUUCAUCUCUGGCGCGUCUAGCUAGUUGCAAUGGCUUUUUUCCCUACCUUUUCUUGCCCGGAAAAUUCUCGACUCCUCAGAGAAUGCUGGGCUACUAGUCUAGGACCUUCGGUUCCUUCCAUAUAAGCCCAACAACACAACCGGAACGCACAAAAGAUUAUAACAACCUUAGUCUAUAUUCACCUUUAUUCUCUGAUAAAAGGGUGUGAUAUCUCUUCUGUAGGCGUAUGACCACCAUCCCUGAGCCCCUAUUUGUCUCCUUUUGCCUUACAUACAGUUCUAUCUUCAUCCUAUAGCUUCAUGUGGUCUGUAAUCUCCUAUCAAGCCAAGCUAUCAACCACAUUGUGCUUUAUUGCUAGUUGCCCAAGGACACGAAAAGCUAUCUAAGCUAGAAGACUGAAAAUUCACAGUGAAGACUAAUAUUCACAGCUACGUCUUCCCAGAUAGCCUAUAGCUAUGGCUAUUAUUAAUAGAAGUGCCCAUAAAGCUCUCCAGCCUCCUCUUGGAAUUUUCCAGACAUCCUCUCUCGAAAGCUCUGCUCCUGCAUUCCUGUUUCCUGGGCUAUUAACUGCGAAACUGGCCGCAACUAAAUAUAUGGAGCUCAGUAAUAGUUAUUUGAAAUCUUUAUUCGUGUUAGUGAAGAAGAAUCAUGGCAUCCACAUCUCGCUAAAAAUUAGGGAGAUAUAGUGAAUCACUUUUACUCUAUAAAGUUCUCAGACUUUCAACAGAACAAGAAUGGCAUGCUGUAUACCUCCAUUUCUAGCGCCGCUUAUAGAACCGAGAAUGGAUAUUGGAAUAUUAAGCUUGUGGUGUCACGGAGAGCACCCAAGAUUUCUCAGGCAGUUGAAUAUAGGUGGCAUCUUAGAAGGAACUAUAGACGUGACUAUUGAUAAAGGUCACUCACCAUUUUUUGCCACGCAGAUAUACCACAGUCACUUCUGGCUAUUCAUCUUCUCUUCCCCCACAGUGUUAGGUUAGAGAUUCACCCAUUAACACAUUGUACGUGGAAGCAGAGCUACCCCAAUUUAUUUUUUUUUCUCCCCUUGAUAUAUGUUAAUUGCGCAAGUGAAAACAGAACCAGCAUAGUUGUACCUGUAGGAGUACUCAUAGUUGAGGAACAUGCUUGACGUAUAUACCAUGAGUCUGGCCAUGGCCGUCGGUUUCUCUUUGUCUACCGGGUACUAAGUAAGUGAUCACCCGAACUAAGAAUUUGACCAUAUAAAAUGCUAACAAUAUUGCCCACUUUGCAGCCUCCCCUUAUCUUAGGAUUAUCUGUCAUCCAGCCCCAUCUAGGGAAAUGAAUAAUUGAGAAAGAAAAACGACAGUUUUAUUCAGGUGCUAUUUUGAAGAGUUACGUUGAUAGAUAGUAUUGUGCUGUCACUACCGUUGUAGCCCACUAUCCCUGACGCUGGCGCUAAGUUGUUCAAGUGGAUAUUCUCCGACACAGCCUGUCCUCGACCCCUAGUAGAGAUAAAAAUAGAUAGAACAGCGCAUUGUCCAAACACAUAUUGUCUUGAAAGUAGCAUCUUCUGAUCUAAUAUAGCAGAACAACAGCCGAUAGCCAUAUCAAUAAUAUCAAUCAUUCUUCUUUCUUUCUCUCAAUCAUCUGCUUUCCCUAUUACGUCAGCAUUUGUAUAACUUAAAUUGGGGUAGAAUUGGAGAAAAGACGAAAUUACCCCUCAUUACAUCAUCAUCACGCGAGCAGAUGAGGGGUAAAACUCCUUCUCCAAAAAAAUAAUAGAUUGCAAUCAGCAGCAAAAAGUGAAAGAAGAAGAAGAAAUAUGGAAGUCGACAGGGGCCGGCGAGGUGGAAAGGAAC